AGUUUAUUUGUGAAUGGCCAAGAUGGAAGGUUUUUUUUACAUCGUAUUUUUUUCUCAAUCAAGGCACUCUCUGCUGUCAACCAUAUGUGCAUGUGUGUUAGUGUACCUAAUUUUCAAUCAAAAAUUUCGUGAAUACGACGGAAAUAUUGUAUUUAUUUGUUGAAAUUUGUACGCUUUUCAUAGUUUUGGAUCUUUUAAUAGUUUUCCAUAAUCAUGAAAAGUCAACGAUCCGUAAAAUUGAAGCAAGCUUGUAGGGUCGCGUGUAGUUUACCUCCCACUACCACUAGAAGGCAGGAGACUUCUUGCGAUAGAAGUAGUGCACGGAUGAACGUGUGUGGUAUUUAAACGUGUAUGGUAUAGGGAACAGCAGAAUGGUAGCACAAAAGAGACAGGUUAAAAUUUAAAGAGCCUGGCACUUGGCAGCUCGCUCUUUCGUAUCGUAGCAGUCGAGCAAAACAUAAAAAGCAUAAACCAAAUGUGCCAUGCUGCCAUGCUCUGCAGACUGGCGUGUGUUCGCUUUUGAUAACAAAGGGGGAAAGCCGUCGCUCGGCCUGGUGGUAAGCACCAGAACUAGCGAAGGCAAGUGUUCCCCUAAUAUUUUCCUACGCGUAAAUCCUGUUUGUGUUCCUGCGUUAGCAGGGGACCGUCUCUGAAGAGCGCACGCAGUCACGAUGGCCAGCAUAAGCAUCAUGAACUCGGUGGAGGAAAUGGAUCUGAUCGAGGACGAUAACAUCACUGGCGCGUCGGAUGACGACGAUGACGGGGAUCCGAGUAGUCCGGGCAGUGCAUACGACGAUGGAACCAACCUGCUUAACGUGGCCAUGGAAAAUGAAGUCACCGCACAGCUGGUAGCCGCCGGUGUGGUCGGAGUGGCAGCCGCUGCCGCCAUUACAUCAUCCAAGAAAAAGAAACGUCCGCAUUCGUUUGAGACAAAUCCGUCGAUCCGAAAACGGCAGCAAAAUCGAUUGUUACGAAAAUUGAGGCAAACCAUCUUCGAGUACGCCACCCGCGUCGGACAGCAGGCGGUCGUUCUGGUAGCCACUCCCGGCAAGCCAAACAACAUUUUCAAAGUAUUCGGAGCCAAACCUCUCGAGGAUGUACUGAAAAAUCUGCGCUCCAAUGUAAUGGACAAACUGGACGAAGCACUGGCAGCACAGGCUCCGCCGCGCGUCCAAGACGAUCCGUCUCUGUUCGAACUUCCCCCACUAAUUAUAGACGGUAUCCCGACGCCAGUUGAAAAAAUGACCCAGGCACAGCUGCGAGCAUUUAUCCCGCUGAUGUUGAAGUAUUCCACCGGGCGGGGCAAACCCGGCUGGGGACGAGACUCGACACGUCCGGCCUGGUGGCCGAAAGAAUUACCCUGGGCCAAUGUACGCAUGGAUGCAAGAACGGAGGAGGAAAAACAGAAGAUAAGUUGGACCCAUGCGUUGCGGAAAAUCGUAAUCAAUUGUUACAAAUACCACGGACGGGAAGAUUUGCUGCCCGCAUUCAGCGAGGAGGACGAGAAGGCCAACGCUAUUGCAACUGCUAACUCAAACGUUGAGCAAAUAAAGAUUCAAAACACAAAUGUUAUCACAACGACCACAACCAGUGGCAACUCGCUGGCCAGCAGCAGCAGCAGCAACAGCAACGGCCAACAGCAGCAGCAGCAGAUCAUCAUUCAGCAUCAGCCGAACGGCACUAUCACCACCACCACGAGCAAUGCACCCCAGACGCAGACCCAUCAGAUCAUCAAGGAGGUCUCCGACGGGACGAUUCAGAUUCAAACGCAAUCGUCCCCGACGCAGACCCUGAAUGCGCAGGUUUGCCUCGACUCGAUGGCGCUAAGCGAUGUGGAUUACACGCAUACAGUGCUGCAAACUAUUCAGAACGCCGAUGGUACGAUGUCCAUCAUCCAGGUCGAUCCCAACAAUCCAAUCAUCACACUUCCAGAUGGAACAACCGCACAAGUACAAGGAAUCGCAACGCUACAAGCCCAGGGUGACAAUGGUGUACACACAAUACAGACUAUAUCGGACGGACAGGGUGAAAGUAUGUCCGUAGACCUGACGGAAGCUACCCUCGGCCAGGAUGGACAGUUAAUCAUUACCGGGGAGGAUGGUCAAGAAUAUUCCUACUCUGGCUUCCCGGUGAAUGUGAGCGGCAUGAUCACCCUGCCGGUAUCGGCCCAGAUGUACCAAACCAUGGUAGCCAACAUCCAGCAGCUGCCGAACGGGGACGGAACGGUGUGCAUAACUCCGAUGCAGGUACAUAGUCAAAGCACGAAGCCCGAGAAUUUUAGUAAUGCUAGGCCGACCGCACCGACACAGAACGUGACACUUUCUGCCAACAACAGUAAUCAGCUGGGCAGCAACAGCCACCAGCUCCCGAACAGUAGCAUUAAUGUAAACAGUCUCAAGAGGCCCCGUAGUGUACAAAAUAGUGCCAGUUUAGUCAAUCCUAGAAACGCUACAGAUGAGCAAAUUUUGAACCAACUGCUAGCAUCAAGCCAAAGCAAGAAACUUAGUGUGAUAGCGAAUAAUAAUAAUAAUAAUAAUAAUAGUAAUAACUCCACCAACAAUAACACUAUAAAAAUAAAUCUCUCCAAAGACGUGACCGACGGCCAACAGCGGCCUAUAGUGCCCCAGAUCGUCAUUCAGUUGAACAGUAACAUGCUCAAUGCCAAAGAUCUUCUGAGCGAAAACCUCCCAGCCGCAAUCGAGAAACAGGUCCAGCUUGUCAAGCAGGAACUGGAAACGCAAGCGGCGGUCGACAGUAUAACACCUGAAACAUCGCCGACGGCGUCUCCUCCGCCUCUUUCCUGUCGGAAUCCUUCCGAAGGCAAAAUCUAAAACCCAUUUCCCGCUCGCGUAACAGCUGAUUGCUAUGACUGACUGACGACGCAGACUUAUGGCGCAACUGCUCCCAAAACUAACCCUGACAGGCCCCUUUUGACACAAACACACACACACUUGACAAAAACCAGUGGAGUAUUGUUGAGUUUUUGUAGGUUUAUACGUUGGUUAUGCCAUACUUUAAAGAUUUCGUUUUCAAAGUUUUUUUUUGUUAAUUUCAUUUUUAUGUUUUUUUCUACAUCUAAGUUCCGAGUGUAAGAAGUUAGGGGGAUAUGAUUCGCAACAACGACGCGACAACAGCGGAAAAGUUUGCCAAAAAGUCUACAAAUUUGCCAAACAUUAGAAAAAAAGAUCUGCAUGAAUCUAGUCAGUGUAGUUUCUCUGCUUGCCGUAAAAAUUGUAUAGUUUCGUGUACUGCUUAAAGUACCCAAGAAAAACCAAAACCAUUUUAAUUUUUCGAUCAGAUUUAUAAAUCGGAAAAAGAAAAUAUUUUUCCAAUGCCCAAAAAAAAAUUUUUAGCGAGCAGAAAUAAUACCAAAGCUUUGGAAGCUUCUCUGUUCGGAGGAUAAAUUUCCACACUCGGUGCAAUGUGCCAGUAUUACAGCUAGUGUAAUAAAAAAAGGGCUAGCAUCGAACACAGAGGCCAGAAAAAAGUUCUACUUUGAAAUGACUUAACUAUCUUGAGACGUGGAAAAAACGCGCGUGAAUGCAAUUUAACGUAGUCAAACUAUUAGUCAAUCUCUACACCAGCUUAUUUACGAUAAGUUUUAUUAUGCGUACGGUAUUUCUCUAGUUAGACCAAGGUUUAGCUCUUACCCUUACUUUACGAUUAUCAUCACACUUGAGUUUUUUGUGCCAUUUCUCUUAGUUAUAUUAUGUGUUCGUAUAUGGAUGUGUGUGCGUGGUUUGCAUUAUUUAUUUUUGUCUAUCUCUUAUUUCGAGUGUUUAUUAGUCGUUUAAUUUGUAAGUUGUCAGUCCGUUUAUCAACAAUAUUAUUUAUGAAAGAAUAAACUACGGAUCCUUUUUUUAA